AUGAAAGCCUCUGCGCAAGAAGCUGAUGAGGACACAGAGAAGAUCUUCACUGAGCUGAUCAGCUUCAUGAAGAAAAAACGCUCUGAAGCGAAAGAGUCGAUCAGAGCUCAGGAGAAGGCAGAGAUGGGUCGAGCUGAAGGACUCCUGGAGCAGCUGGAGCUGGAGAUCGCUAAGCUAAAGAACAGAGAUGCUGAGAUGGAGCAACUCCAGCCAAUUGAGGACCCCGUUGAUUUCCUCCAGAGAUUCCAGCCACACCUCACCUCCUCACCUGUGGCUAAGAACCUUCCCAAGGUUACUUUUGAAACAAAGUUCUCCUUCCGCGAAGUGAUGAAAUCAGUGUCUCCGUCUCUGGAAGAGAAAACAAAAGAGUUUCACCAGGCAAUACUUAAAGUCACGGGCUUCAUGAAGGGGGACACGGUCAAACUGAGGUCCGUCAGGAGACCGUACUCUAGAUACAGGUACAACCAAAACACUGAGGCGAAAGAGUCGAUCAGAGCUCAGGAGAUAGAGGUGAGUCGAGUGAGACAGAAGCAGCUAGAGCUGAAGAUCGCUAAGCUAAGCAACUCCAUCCAAUUGAGUGGUGUGGGUGAGGUAACAGGGCUCGAUACCGUGACCGUACACUUUCCUGAGCACCCUGGUUGGAAGGGGAGUUCUUCUGAGCUGGAACUGAGAGAAAGAAAGAUCCAUGAUAAUAAUGAUGAUAAUAAUCUCUGACAUAUUUUCUUUCCCUGACAUUUAUUUUGUACCGACCAAAACCACCCUGUCCCUCUAUCCUAAUGCUCUGCUGAUGCUCUAUGCAAAUACCUUCGACAUUUAUUUUAUGUAACAUUAUGAACCGCUGCAAAGAUCACAUCUUGAAAAUCAUUCAUGAAUCGAUUACCUCGCUCUUCUUUCUGCCUUUGUUAGCGUGUAACAAUCUCACAAUAGCUCACAAUGGUGCAUGUCACUUUGGCAGUGUCACAGUAGAGUGGAAUUUAUUAACACAAUGCAGCCUAGACUUUCCUGAGCUCUCUGGUUGGCAGUGGAGUUCUUCUGAGCUGGAACUGGUAUACAAGAUAAAUAAAGAUCCAUGAUCACUUACUUAUCUACUUCCCCUGAUGUUUAUUUUCGACCGACCAAAACCAUCCUGUCCCUCUAUGCAAAUGCUCUGCUGAUGUUCUAUGCAAAUACCUUUGGCCUUUAUUGUAUGUAACAUUAUGAAAAGCUGCAAAGAUCCCAUCUUGAAAUCAUUCAUGGAUCGAUUUCUUCACUCUUCUUUCUGCCUUUGUUAGCGUGCAACAAUCUCCAUAUUAUGAUCUCACAAUAGUGCAUGUCACUUUUGCAGUGUCACAGUAGAGUGGGAUUUAUUAACAAUGCAGCCUAUAUGUCAAUGCGACAAUGCCUUUGUUUCUUGCUCAUUAAGUUUCAUCUAUAGAAGACUUGUGACCUGUUAAUCAGUUAAAGACUUACGUUGUUCUUUAAAUACAUUUUGUUGUCAUGUAAGGGUAGGUGUCAAGUAAUGCACAUUAUAUAUCACAGCUUUAUCAGUGCCGAUGUUGGAGUAUAUUUCACCUUGAGGCUUUAUGAAUAAACAAAUGAAUGCAUU